ACCCUCAUAAAACCUUCUCUAUUUUCUUCAUCAGCCGCAGGUUGAACUGGUAGGAGCAUAAUAGGCAUCAUCGGGAUGGAUGAUUCUGGAGAGGAGGGGGAGGUAAAGGAAUACUUUACUUCUCCAGGAGAAGAAGAAUGUAAACGUAAGGCCAGUUGGAUUUUGAGCAAAGGACUGCAAUUAGGGAAAACGAUUCUGAUUACAGGUGUUGUGAUCUCGUCUGCACCGGUGGUUCUUCCUCCCCUUGUGGUUGUGUCUGCUGUUGGAUUCGCUGUUUCAAUCCCUGCUGGGGUUGUUGUCGCUAGUUAUGCCUGCACUGAGAAGCUCAUGAAUAAAUUCUUGCCAAUGCCAGCAUCAUCUCCGGAGUUGGAGAUUGAAACUGGGCUUUUGGAUAAAGCAGAAAAAGAAGAGUCAGAGUUUGGUGGAGAAUUUCUUCCGGAAGAAGAGUUGGAAAAGCAAAUAGCUGAUACAAAAGAAGUUGAAAUGAGAACUGAAUCUGGGGAGGAUGGAAAGAAAGAGCAGCACGUAGAGGGGCAUGAAGAGCCCAAGGAACAAAAACUUUACAAAGAUGAAAGUUUUAAAGAGAAGGGGUAUGAAGAAGAUGUUGGUGAAUACUUGGAAGGGGAGGAUGACCGGUCGCUUGGAGGGCAAUUUGUUAAAAUUUUAGGUGUGGAGAAAGUGGACAAAGAACCUUUGAUUGAAGAACGAAAAGAUGAGAAGCCAUCAGCUGAGAUAAAGAGAGUCGUGGUUGUAACGGUGCCAGAGAAGAAAAAUGCUGACGAUGUUACAAAGACAGAUGAAGUAGUUAUAAUCGCUAGAGGAACUAGGACUGAGAUUAAAAAUGUGGAAAUGGUGACCAGAAAUGAUGAAGACAAGGCAUUAAGGCAGGGAACUACAGGUGAUCUGGAAAAGAUUAGGGAUAAGGGUGACAUUGGUGAAUCUGUCAAGAAGAAUAAGAAGAAGAACAAGCAUCACGGGAAGAAAUCGCAUGGAGUUGGAGGGAAAAAAGAACACAAUCACAGGAAAACUACAAAAGAGAUGAAUGAAAAAUUAAACAAACAAUUCAGUGAGAAAGGAGAGAAGACAAUUGCAGAUGCUAAAAGGGGAAGCGCAGAAGCAACAGGUGAAGGUUCAACUACAGAAAAGGUAGAUGUAGAUGAUAGAAGCAGUGUCUUGGCAUCUCACAGGCUGAUUGGCGAUCAAGGAACAUUAACCAAUGGCAACCGUGCUGCAGAAAGCUGCAAAACUGUGGGGGUGGAACUGAAACCUGGAGCAGUUACUCAAGGAAGCGGAGUGGACUCUAAUGUUUCUGAUGAAAAGGAGGUCAAUGCAAUUGAAUCAAAUACAGAAACGAGGGAAACUGCUAUAGUUUGGUCUCCAGAGAAGGGUGCUAAAGAAAAAAACUUGGAUUUUGUGGAGAAUCAAGUGCAGGUGUUUCCCAAAUCCAGGGGGGAGGCUCCAAUUUCUUCGAAUGAGAUUUCUGCCAGGGAGGGGAAGAUGUGGGAGCAGAUAAAUGCAAUGCGAAUGAUAGUUGGAUACAAAGCAGCCCCUCAGUCAUCCUGCAUGGAGGAACUGAAGGCUUUAUACAUCUUCACUGGGGUUGAACCACCAUCAUCUUUUGACAAGCCCUGUGACCUCAGAGAAGCUGAGGAUAAACUUCACUUUCUCAUGUCUAUUGUAGGAGUCAAGUAGAAUCCUCUACUGCUGUAGUGUUCCUGGAGAGUUUUUGUGGUUUCUUUCUUCUCGUGAUUUGUACCUUUUUUUUUCCCUUUCUUUUGAGUCACAGAACUUUUAUUUGUCCUGCUUUUGGAGAUUAUUGUUCUGCUCUUUCCUUCUUGUGGCAUUAGGCAGUUUAAGGGUCUCAAUCAUCAACUUUCUUGAA